UAGAAACAAACAAAUCUAUAUCUCUCAAAAGGUGACGAUGGCGUUUACAGAAGAAGAUGAAGCUCUAGUGUUGAAAUCAUAUGAUUUAAUGAAGCUGCGUGCUGGAGAAUUGGCCCUUAACUUCUUCUUAAAGAUAUUUGAGAUUGCACCAGCAGCCAAAGGGCUAUUCUCAUUCUUGAAGGAUUCAGAUCUUCCCCUUCAUCAAAACCCUAAGCUCAAAUCUCAUGCUCUCAUUGUCUUUUCUAUGACAUGCAAAACAGCUAUUCAACUCAGGAAGGCUGGAAAAGUGACAGUCAGUGAAUCAACUCUACAGUCACUGGGAGCAAAUCAUUUCAAAUAUAAUGUAGCUGCUGAGCAUUUUGAGGUGGUAAGAUUUGCUUUACUUGAGACUAUAAAGGAAGCUGUACCGGAAAUAUGGUCACCGGAGUUAAAGGCUGCAUGGGGAACAGCUUAUGAUGAGUUAGCCACCGCAAUCAAGAAUGAAAUGAAGCCUCCUGUUCUAACCUCUUAAAUAAUAAGAAGAAGAAGAAUCAAAAUAAAUGUCAUUUUUAUUGCAUUUCCUUAUUUAAGAACAACAGCUUUAAAAACUUUGUUUUAGCUGUUACAAUAAUGAAUAAACUAAAUUAAAAUAAAACCAAAAAAACUUUGUGCU